ACAAUUCAGGGAAUAAUCGUGCUCGUAAUUUCAAAUCGACCUUGCGCUUCGCGCUCGACCGAUUUUUAAAUUACUCGCGUGAUUACUCCCUAAAUCGUACUCCACUCGGCCCAAUUACUAUUACUUAUGGAAAUUCGCGUUAGUCAGCUACAGAAUUAGAAUAUCAGUAGCAGGAAAUUGAAAUCGAAAGGUCAAACUCUAGAAAGUUCUCGACGCAAAGGGUAUUUUCAACGGCGUUUGCUCAGAUUACACCAAGGAAUGUACUACACUUGAUUGAGUCUUCUCCUACUCUGGAUACGCAUUAUUCAAGAUGACUGAGUGACGCGAUUACAGAGUGAAGUGGCACGAUUACAGUGACUGUGUAACCAGUAAGGACAUUCCUUGGGCACCAAACGCUUCCGGUGAUGUCUUCACAGGGAAAGGUUUCGGAAUCAUCGAGCUCUUCCCAGGAAUCCAAUGAAGGCGAAUCUCAAGAAAAUAUUGGAGUACACUCAUCAUCAGGAAGAUUAAAAGUUACUUUCCUGGCAUCAGAAUGGAGAUCAAGUAAAGGAGGACUUUCCACUUUAAACAGAGAGUUGGCAAUAAACGUUGCAAAAAGUCCUGAGGUAGAGGUCACCUUCUUUGUCCCACGAUGCAAUGAUGAUGACAAGAAAGCAGCUCUCCGUCACAAGAUUAAUCUUGUUCAGGCAGAAAUGCUGCUUGGUAUGGAUGAGUUGAUAUGGAUGAACUUUCCACCAAGUGAUUUACAAAUUGACAUAGUUGUUGGUCAUGGUGUCAAGCUCGGUCCUCAAGACCUUCAUGAAGUAGAGCUUGUCGAUGUCUUGGUCAAGUUACUUCUCCAAGCUGUUAAUAACUAA